CGCUCCGCCCCCCUGCUCGCGGCUCCAGCAAGGUGGAGGCGGUGCCGCGGAGGGUGACCCGCUGUCUGUGGCAGGGCUGCAAGCUCCGGACCGCGGCGGUCUCCUGGGGUUGAGCGAAGGAUGCUGGAGUCCCCCACGGAGGCCAUGCGGGACUAAGGGCGGCAGCCAGCGGCCGCUGUGGAAGGGCCCUAGACCACAGGACGCUCGGCCAGUGCUGGCGUGCUGUGGCCUCCGGAGGUCGCUGGAGCCGGGAGCGCUAGGCGGACCCGCGGGCCCCAGAGCCUAGCAGUGGGAAGGCUGUGUCGGGCCUGGCAUCGGACUUCCCAAGAGACGUGCAGCUGCGUUGGAGCCUCUUUCCAUAGGGGACGUCGGCCUCUGAGGAACCCGCGCCGUUUUUUCUAAGGGGAUUCCAAACCCGGCGCCAUGAGGAGCCGGAGUAACUCGGGGGUCCGUCUUGAUGGCUACGCUCGGCUGGUGCAUCAGACCAUCCUGUGCCAUCAGAAUCCAGUGACUGGUUUGCUUCCAGCCAGCUAUGAUCAGAAAGAUGCCUGGGUUCGAGAUAAUGUGUACAGCAUCUUGGCCGUGUGGGGUUUGGGUCUGGCCUACCGGAAGAAUGCUGACCGAGAUGAGGAUAAAGCAAAGGCCUAUGAACUGGAGCAGGUAUGUGAAACGACAACACAAAGAAAUCUAGAGCUAUGUGUGGCUGUAGGAGAAGGAGUGGGGAUUGAAAGAAACUUAGCCCUUUCUUCACCUUCCUGAAAUUGCAUUCCAAAA